AUGUCUGAAGAUGUGAUAGAGUAUAAACAAUUAAUUGAUAAUGAUCCUACAUUAAGUAAAAAUGAUUUAUCUGAAUUUUAUGAAAAAUUUAGCAGAGAUUGUGAGAAGUCGAAUACUGAAGGUUAUUGUAAUGAUGAUAUGGGUGAAGAUUUAAAUGGAAGUGCAAAAGAUAUUUUCAAGAAACUAAUAAGAAAUAUUAAUGAGCUAAUAAGGUAUAAUGGCAUAUAUAAUGAAAAAUAUAUUAAUAAACUAUGUAUAUACUUAAAGUAUUGGUUUUACGAUAAAAUACUCACUAAAAACAUUGAUUAUUCUAAUAUUGGUAAUUUUUUCGAUGCGUUGUCCCAAUAUAAAGGCGAGGAUACUAGUGAAAGUAAAACGUGCGAAUUUUAUCAGUUGAAAUUAACAGAAAUUAAAGAUAUAAAAAAACUAUAUGAUUAUUUCAUGUUCUUUGAUGGAUAUAACUCUGUGAAAAGUACUAUAAAUGAUAAAAAUAUACAAUAA